GCCCGGACACGAGCUAGAGAGACAGAAGACGGAACAGUAUGCAGAGUCAAACGAAUUUAAACUGGGGCAUAGCCGCAGCUGGCAAGAUCACCCAGGACUUUGUCACGGCUCUCAGCACCAUUGAGAAGUCCCGCCAUGUGGUGGUGGCUGUGGCCGAUGUGGAUGGCUCGAGGGCGCAGGAGUUUGCACAAAGAAAUCAAAUACCGCGACACUAUGAUGGCUUCGAUGCCUUGGCCUUGGAUCGCGAGGUGGAUGUGGUCUAUGUGGGCACGCUGAAUCCCUUUCACUAUGCUGUCGUUCAUCUGCUGUUGUCCCGGGGCAAGCAUGUGCUCUGCGAGACGCCCAUGUGCCUGGGUGUGGAUCAAGCCAAGGAGUUGUAUGGGUUGGCAGAGCAGCGUGGAGUUUUUCUGAUGGAAGGCAUGUGGUCACGCUUCUUUCCCAGCUAUGAACGUCUCAGGGAGCUCCUGCAGAGCGAUGCCAUUGGUGAGGUUACCCUCGUCAAGGUCCAGCAUGGCUUUCGCUUGGCGCAUGUCGAACGUGUCAGCAAUCGAGAGCUGGGUGGCUCCAUCAUACUGGAUCUGGGCAUUUAUGCCUUGCAGUUGGGACAAUUUAUAUUUGGCAGCUCGCCCGUCAAGAUCCUGCCCAGUGGCACGCAACUGAACAAAGAUCGCGUGGAUGUACAAACGGAGUUUAUACUCGACUAUGGCGAUGGUCGUCGCAUGGUGGCUUUGGUCACUGGCCUGGAGAAUCUGGAGAACGACGCCAUCAUUGUGGGCACCAAAGGCGAGAUUAAGCUCUCCAACUAUUGGUGCUGCACACAGCUGACACGCUCCAAUGGUCCACCCGAAACGUGGCCUCUGCCCAGAGCUAAAUUUGAUUUCCAUUAUACAAACACCUGUGGACUGCGCUACGAGGCGGAGGAGGUGCGUCGCUGCAUCGAGAAGCGUCUGCUGGAGAGUCCAAAGUUUCCACAUGCCGCCAGUCUGGAGAUUAUUGCCAUUAGCGAUGAGAUGAGGCGACAAAUUGGUGUUACUUUUGAUGAGUUUUAGUUCUAAGAAUUAAUUGAAUUCAGGGGAAGAACUUAGCGUUAGGGAUUUGGAAUCAAUUCAACUUUGGCAAAGUGUUAAA